AUUUAACGGUUUUUGUGUUAAACAAAUUGUUUGCCAAAGAUAAUAUAGUAAAUAUAUUGGCGUAACAUCAAAGUUAACACGGUUAUAAUUGUUUGUGUCAGGUCGCAUACAUCUUACGUAAAUUGUUUUAAGAAAUGUUCAGAUUUUUCAAUUCUGUUGCUUUUGUUGCAGUUGUUGGUGUUGUUAGCACAGUUUCAGCCAAUGUAUCUCAAUGUUACCACUGUGAUAGCAUCUACUGUGCCGGCAGCUAUGAUGUCCAACUGGGAGAGGUAGUUAGUUGUAGCGAUAUUUACAAAAAUGCUAAGUCGUAUUCUGGCAAAAUCGUUGUUGCUACCAAAAAUGCAUCAUCCGAUCAAGCGUCUCAAUUUGGCUUGGAUAAUUCCGGAGAUAUUGAAACAAUAAACUCAGAAGAUACAAAUGAAGUUAUCAGAAGGCGCACUCAUGCAGAGUUUUUCGAUAUCCAGCGGAAAUUAUGGGAGUUUUUCCAUAAAGGAGAAAUUGACGCUAAUACUGAAUUUGCUUGUGUAAAGGCGAACUAUUAUAAUAAUGAAUACGGUCAAGUGAAAACCUAUAGAGGUUGCCUACCAAAAUAUACAAAAACUGUAUCAACGGCCUGUGAUUUUUUGACCAAAAAUGUGCUAAAAACUUCCACCAGUACCUUAUACGAGUGCCACACAUGUGACAGUAAUUUAUGCAACUCGGGCAUUAGUUUUAAUAUUUCUUUUAUUCUUAUUCUAUUAGGAUUAAUUUUCAAGAUUUUUAUUUUUUAGUUUGCUUUUCUCGUGCUUGGUUUAUUACAUUUAAAUUAUUUCGGCAGGAUUCAAUAUGUAUGAAUCAAUUAAAAAAGUUAUUUUCAAAGAAGUAAUAGCCAACCAAACUGUUCGUUUAUUUAUUUCACAGUAACCUUGUUGUGUCCAAACACUUUUAGUGGGUAGUUAAAUUGCAAAUACUUGUACAUAAAUAUAUGAAUUCAUAUCCAUGAGGCGGUAGGAUGGAAAUACUACGUCGACUUAAUUUUUGGUAAUGCGGCUGAUAUCAUAGGUUGUUAUGUGAAGUUUACUGAUGGUGUUUUGGACUGUCCAAGCGUUUGUCUUCCCCAGCUCCCAUGAGGAAGGGGUUGAAUCACCAUUCCAUUCCAUGAAUUCCAUUGUUCAUUUCAUAAAUUAUAAAACCUAUCGUCCUGAAAAAAAGAAAAUUAAUUUAGUGUUAGCUCUAAAAACACGCCUUGAAAGAAUUCCAAAUGGUACCUAUAUCUUUUAAACAAAAUACCUAACCUAUAUCAAUC